GCGGUGCCCGCAAGUGCUGGAGCAGUGGGAACGACGAUCAGUCUAGCUGCUGCUCGCUUCUCAACCUACAGACGGAAAGCUCGGGAGGACCCGGUCUAGCCCCGCAGAACUGGUGAGUCCUGGCCCAGAGCAUCCAGGUGCUCCAAGCCGGGGACUCCAGCAUAGCCAGAGCCCCUUUUCUCCUCGGACGCAACAACUUAGUGAGGAUCUAUUGCGGACAGAGCUCAAAACCAGACAACACCUAAGCUGGCCACUCCCGCGGAGAGCCCGCUUUUGGGAGUCUAGAUGCCAAGCUCAGAAGCAGCGAAGACCUCAGGCCAGAAGGUUGAACCAGGACCACUGCUUUGGAGCAGCCUCCACACUGCUCCCUACUUAUCCAGGUGGAAUGAGUCUGAGACCAGCAGAUGAACAGACAGAGGCCUAAAGACCCCAGGAACGGCUCUGCCUUCCUGUUCCUUGAUCAGUCUGUCAGUGAUCACAUCCUACAGUGACAUCUUGCCCGGUCCCAAGCUGCCUGGAGACUGAGAAUGACUGAGAGGUCCACCAGCAACUGGAGCCCAGGCAGCUGGGUGCUGGCACUGUGCCUAGCCUGGCUGUGGACGCGUCAGGCCUCUGCUUUCUUGCAGCCUCCAACAUCCACAGCCCUAGUGAAGCAGGGCAACUGCGAGGUGAUCGCUGCCCAUCGCUGCUGCAACCGGAACCGCAUUGAGGAGCGCUCCCAGACGGUCAAAUGCUCCUGCCUUUCUGGACAGGUGGCUGGCACUACAAGAGCAAAGCCCUCCUGUGUGGAUGCCUUCAUCGUCCUGCAGAAGUGGUGGUGUCAGAUGGAGCCCUGCUUGCUGGGGGAGGAGUGUAAGGUGCUCCCGGACCUGUCCGGGUGGAGCUGCAGCAGUGGACACAAGGUCAAAACCACCAAGGUCACACGGUAACUCUCAGAGAUCAUGGCUUAGGCAGGACAGCCUCGACUGAGCUUUGGACUAAAGAAUGGCCUCCGAUCACC